AGUUUUUCUAUUUUUAGUAGAGAUGGGGUCUCGCUCUUGCUCAGGCUGGUCUCAAACUCCUGAGCUCAAGCGAUCCUCCUGCCGUGGCGUCCCAGAGUGUUAGGACUGAUUAUAGGUGUGAGCCUGACCAGGCAGGGUUGUCCGACAGCAGUAUUUCAGGGGCACCGAGAGAGGAAUGGGGGGAUUACUUUUCAUAAACUCUGCCACCUCCCCCCAAAGACCAGUAGGAUCAGAAGCCGGCGACACCCAGCUCUGCCCACCCCCCAGGGAACUUGGGUAGUGACGACUCCGGAUGGAGCAGACAUUCCUCCACCUGUCAGAGCACAGCUUAGAGCGGUAGUCAUGACAGCGCGCGACUCCCUGGUACCCUGCCGUGUCCCCACCCUUCGUCCCCUGCCGGCUGUGAAAGAAGAACGUGAAUUUCUUCUGCAAGAACAAAGUGGUUCACGGCAAAUCUGAGUGUUUUCAUUAAAGCAUGGAAGACAGAAAAUGAAAGACUUUAGCUAGUGCUUUAAUUUCAUCUGAAAUGCUACAGCACAUUCUGAAGGUGGAAACUCAGCUUCCUGCCAUGGGCUCUGAUCGCUAGUUUGGAAACAUGGGAGCUGAGGGGUGUGCCCCAUCUUCUCCAGGUGGGCUACACACUUGACAUUCACCUGCAGCUUGGAGUGGUGAGCCUCCCACCAUACUCUGCAAUACUGGUUUUGACAUUUGCAUACUGCUGAAUGUCCAGUUGGGGAAAUUGAAGGCCUUUCAUUCAGAAGAAACACAUCAAGAAGAAGACCCCGUGGCUCACGUGCUGAGCAGCUCUGGAUGGCCUUGGAAGUCUUGCCCGCCCCUCCGAGUAGGAUGUCCCUGCGAUCCCUGAAAUGCAGCCUCCUGCUGCUGUCGCUGCUGAGUUUCCUCGUCAUGUGGUACCUCAGCCUUCCCCAGUACAACGUGAUAGAACGUGUCAACUGGAUGUACUUCUUCGAGUAUGAGCCGAUUUACAGACAAGACUUCCGCUUCACACUCCGGGAGCAUUCCAACUGCUCUCAUCAAAACCCGUUCCUGGUCAUCCUGGUGACCUCCCACCCAUCAGAUGUGAAAGCCAGACAGGCCAUCAGAGUGACUUGGGGUGAAAAGAAGUCUUGGUGGGGAUACGAGGUUCUUACGUUUUUCUUACUAGGCCAGCAGGCCGAAAGGGAAGACAAAAUGCUAGCAUUGUCCUUAGAAGACGAGCACCUUCUCUAUGGUGACAUAAUCCGGCAAGAUUUUCUAGACACGUACAAUAACCUGACCUUGAAAACCAUCAUGGCAUUCAGGUGGGUAACUGAGUUUUGCCCCAAUGCCAAGUACGUCAUGAAGACAGACACUGAUGUUUUCAUCAAUACCGGCAAUUUAGUGAAGUAUCUUUUGAACCUAAACCACUCAGAGAAGUUUUUCACAGGUUAUCCUCUAAUUGAUAAUUACUCCUAUAGAGGAUUUUACCAAAAAAACUAUAUUUCAUACCAGGAGUAUCCUUUCAAGGUGUUUCCUCCCUACUGCAGUGGGUUGGGUUAUGUCAUGUCUAGAGAUUUGGUGCCAAGGAUCUAUGAAAUGAUGGGUCACAUAAAACCCAUCAAGUUUGAGGAUGUUUAUGUCGGGAUCUGUUUGAAUUUACUAAAAGUGGACAUUCAUAUUCCAGAGGACACUAACCUUUUCUUUUUAUAUAGAAUCCAUUUGGACGUCUGUCAGCUCAGACGUGUGAUUGCGGCCCAUGGCUUUUCGUCCAAGGAGAUAAUCACUUUCUGGCAGGUUAUGCUAAGGAACACCACAUGUCAUUAUUAAUGUCACAUUCCACCAAAAGCUAGGGAAGGGCAGGACACUUGGUGGAAAGUGUGGAAGUUGGGACUAUGGGAAAUUCGUGGGAAGGUCAGGGUACCGGCCUACCCUGGGCUCAAACCCACGAAGAACCCAGAGGCUGGAGGGUUCAGCUUCACUUGUGAUCUUUUUUGACAAAAAUCAAGUCAGACCCUUUUAAAGAUGAUAGAGGAAUUAAAUAUCUCAAAAUAAAAGUGGACGUUUUUGUUAAUGAAAUGAAUCGGAGCAAAUAAUUUCAACAUGUUUUUCUCUAGGCUAGAAUUUCUUAAAAGGGUUUCUCCAAAUUAUAAAGCUCAUUAGUUCAUAACAGUAAAGCAACGUAGAGUUUUAUUUAUGGAGCAAUCUAAUCACUUAAAGGAUUCACAUAGAUCUUUCGUGGAUACCUAAUUUUAAAAUGUAGUUCUGUGUCAAAACUUAAUUGAAGUUACACUGGACAAAAUUUCGUUUUUUGGUCACGUGGAACGUACUUGAAGAUGUUGCAGUAUUUUAGAGUUAAUUAUUUAACAUUACUUUGAAUUUUCUGACUGUGUAACUAUUUUGAUGGUUUCAAUAUUGUACAAAUAGAAUAGUGAAUAGUGGUUUACGUUGGACGUUUUCCUUGUUACUCUGCUGAUCGGUUUGUUGCUGAUAGUCCCAUGAAUGUAAAGCGAUAGGUUGUUUCUCCGUACCAGUAAUCUCUUGACUUUGUUCAAUAUUUUACUGUGGUAAUGUAGAGAAGAAUUACAGCAAAAAAAAUCUGAAUUAGUGUCUUGUUUUUCUAAAGUAUAGUCCCCAGUGUUUUUAGAUGCCACUUCAUCUGUCUCAUUUUUCCACUUGGAAAUUAGGGAUAAUUUAGAAUGCCAAGCAGUAGAUUUCCUUUUGCAAAAGGACCCUGAAGGAGAGAGAGAGAACCUAAUGGUCAGAAUGUUAUGGAAAGAGCGUCAGAUUCCAGUAGUUGGGUUGUAAAGAGGAGACUGAAAAUCCAAGUUUAUUAUCAGUCUGCCCUGUGUGAUUUUGUGAAUAAAGAGAAAAAAAAAAAAAAGGAAAAAAGAACUGCUGCUAGUUUCUCAUUAAGAUGCAAGCCCCAAUGUGCUGUCUGAAGUCAAAUCUGAUGUAAACGUCCUGCUUUCGUAGCAGUUCGUUUCUCAGUAGAAGUGGAGAUGGAGCUUUGCUGGACCUGCUGGAAGCAGGUCACAGAGGCUCCCCUUUCCCUGGGCCUCCUGGGAUUAUGCGGUUUCCUCGGAGAGUUGAUACAGGCAAGUGACUCCUUUUCUCUGAAUUACAUGACGGUAGAAGAUCAGAUCUCUUGUCAGGAAAUACAAACUUGAAGCCUGUGGUCAGCUCUUGUAAUACUCAGAUAUUUAUAAUUCUCCUAUGUGAAAAACCGAACUUCAGUUAAAAGCAUAAUGCAUGGAGCAGACACGCUGACUCUCACCUGUGAUCCUAGCACUCUGGGAGGCUGAGGCAGGAGGAUCACUUGAGCUCAGGAGUUUGGGGUUGCCGGGAGCUAGGCUGAGGCCACGGCAUUCUAUCCCAGGUGACAGAGUAAGACUCUGUCUGAAAACAAAAACCCUCCCUAUAAUGUAUGGUCUCUAAGAAGGCUAUUUAUGUUUCCUGGGCUCAGCUCUGACCCAGUUAUAAUAAACUCAAUUAAAUAAAAUACUCUGUGGAACCAAUAUAUGCCCUUUCUAAGAACCAUCCAUAUGGAAUCACUUUCUUUAAGACAGACAGUAGUGAUUAUUUUUGUGCUAUGAUUAGAUUUGAUGGGUUCUGCAGAAGAUUAUACUCAUGUGCUGUGUGACAACAUUUUGGUCAUUAAUGGACUGCCCAGAUCACAGCGGUCCCAAAAUAUUCUAAUGGAGCUGAAAAAUUCCUACUGCCUGGUGGUGUCAGAGCUCUGGGAAUGAUGCUGGUGAACACACCUGUGCUGCUGUCACACAUCACUCUAUAUAGUACAUAAUACUUGAUAAUCAAUGACUGUGUUACUGGCUUAUGUGGUUCCUGCACUUAUUAUUGUUAUUUUGGUGUGUACUCGUACUUAUUAAAAAAAAAAAGUUAACU